AUGGCGGAGCCCACGGUGUGCUCGUUCCUCACCAAGGUGCUGUGCGCGCACGGCGGCCGCAUGCUGCUGCAGGACCUGCGCGGCCACGUGGAGCUGUCGCCCGCGCGGCUCGGGGACGUGCUGCAGCGCGCCGGGCCCGAGCGCUUCCUGCUGCAGGACGUGGAGGCCGAGGCUGGCGGCGCCCGGGCCUGUAGGGUGGUGGCCGUGUCCUCCGCGCGCCUGUGCGCCCGCUACCAGCGCGGCGAGUGCCGAGGCUGCGACCAGCUGCACUUCUGCCGCCGGCACAUGCUGGGCAAGUGCCCGCAUCGGGACUGCUGGUCCACCUGCAGCCUGUCCCAUGACAUCCACACCCUGGUGAACAUCCAGGUUCUGAAAAACCACGGGCUCUUUGGCCUCAACGAAGCCCAGCUUGGGGUGCUGCUUUUACAGAAUGACCCCUCCCUUUUACCGGAGGUCUGUCUGCUGUACAACAAAGGUGGUGACUCCCUCUACGGGUACUGCAACCUCAAGGACAAAUGCACCAAAUACCAUGUCUGCAGAGCCUUCGUCAGGGGGGAGUGCAGAUCCCAGACCUGCACGCGGUCCCACGAGCUCGUUCAUGCCUCCACCCUGCACCUGCUGCAGGACCAAGGACUGAGCAUCGCGAGUGUUGAGAAUUUUCAGAUCAUUGCGGCCUACAAGCAUACAAAGCUGCACGAGAGGCUCAAACACACAGAUGACGUGGUGGUGGCCCCUGAGCAUCCGCAGAGCCCUGAGAAACGAGGAGCCCACGCAGUGGGGGCUAAGGACGUCCGGCCCCCUGUCCCUGUUGCUGCUCAGGCAGCCGUGAGGCCGUGCCCAGCUGACCCCUACAGGGCAUCAAAGCAGUGGAAAGCAGCUUGUCCAUCCUGGAAGAUCUGAGAACUAGGCGACCAUGCAUUCCUGUCACUCGCUGUUGCUGUGCUGACUCCGGCCUCUGCACUUAGAUAUGGAAGGGACAACGUGCACCAAGAGGCGAGGAUUGCCAGUGGGUGUUUGGGGGUGAGCUUGGAUGCAGAGCCAACCAAAAGAGGGGAAAAUUUGAAUGCACAGCCGCAGGGCGCCUUCCCCAGCCUGCUGGGGCCGAUUCCUGCAGAUCUUGGGAUCCCCUCCCACCUCGCCUUCCACAGUCACGGUUUACACUGUGAUAACUGUGGGAUAUGUACACUUCGCACACAGGUUUUUACCUUGCUGUUUCAGAAGCACCCUUCCAUGUUCGUUCACAUCUAUACAUAAUCUUGUUUUUUGCACACAUCCAUUAAUAUGUCAAACUACCUCCCCUCAUUCUGGCAUAUUUCAGUUCUAAUGAAUUUUAAAUGUAACUCUUUGUAAAAUCUUUACAGUAUUGAACUUACAAAUCCGUUCUUUACUUUUGCUGAGCUUAGGGGUGCUAAAUAACACUAUCGUCUUAGUAAUAUUCCUAACACCUGUAUCCUGUGUGUUUGCAGGGAUGCAUUUUCUACAUGGCCUUUUAUUGUUGAGCCUCCCUCCUUUUAUUGUUGUGCCUUUUAUAUUCUCAGGAAGGCAUCAACCAUACAGUGCCUGUGAAAGCCAAGUUUUGGGGGGUUCAUCCUCAGCCAGCACCACGCAGCUAAAUAGUCUUGGGGCUGUCAGCAGAGAUUUCUGUUUCACCUGCCUUUUUCACCUUUUAUUGAGCUUUUGCCAAAGCCCACCUGCUAUAGUUUGAAGGAUGCACAGGUCAUCCAUUCCCCCAGAUUGUAUGUUUUCUUUUCUUUUUUUUAAUCAGUACCGGCGAUCGAACUCACAACCAUGCACUUGCAAGGCAGGCACUCAUGCUGCUGAGCUAAAUCCCCAGCCCUGUAUGUUUUUUUUUUUGAGGACAGGGGUGGACCCUCAGAAAUCUGUUUACUUCACCAGGCCGUGCAGAGACAUGCUGAGCUCUGUGUGUGCCAUGGGUACCAUGGAGUACGGCUGAGGCAGCACUGCUGUGCUUGGUGUAAUCAUGCCUCAGAUGUCACUGGGUAACAUGCUUUUUUAGAAAAAAAAUUAAUGUCCUGUAAUGUUGUGAAAUUUAAGAAAUAGGGACAAUAUAGUGAGUUUUUGUACAGCUGGGUUUUUGUAAUUUAGGGAAAUUUCAUCAUGAAGCGUUCUUCUCUGUUGGGAGAAAAAAUGCAAAACUGUCCUUUUCAAAGGGAGAGAGUCUGUGUUUUCCCCUAGUGGACAGUAACAGCUGUGCACCUGACAGUGAUCUUUGGUUGUCAGCAACAGUAUUUCUGAAAGCCUUGAUGGUCUGCACAUUUUGUUUCUCCUCCUCCACCUCUUUUAUUUUCUAGUUCUGAUUUUGUUCUGGUAUUAUUUUUUUCAGCACUAGAGAUCAAAUGCCUUACCACUGGGCUAUACUAUUCCCCCCAUCCUGGUGCUAACUUUUUUGAACAGUUUUUUAAAAAAUAUUAUUUUUAUGAUUUAUAUUUUAUGAUUGUACUGUGUAUAUUUUUGUUGUAAGCCAUCUUAAACCUUUCAUGGAAACUCCAUGGGGCACAGACCUAUGUCUGUUACAUUGAGGGACUUGGUUUAUGAAUUUUAUGUCAUUGUGUUCUUUUUAUGUAUCUUACACUUAUAUUCUUAUGUAUGAAGUUAUUGGCUCUCCGUAAUCUUUGUUGCAAUAUUUUAUUCAAUUCUAUAAUAUUCCAUUUUCUGAUUUUAAAAUACUCACUUUUAAUUGAGCUGUGUCUCUCUGGCUGCUUCAAUAUCUGGCUAAAUUAUAAUCUUUAAAAUAUUGGCUGUGCUUUCCAGACCCCAGCAAGGCCGCUGGUACAGCCUGUGUAGUGCUAGAUACCUGAUACUGCAGUGCUUUCUGCUUUUAUGUCCUGGCUUGGAGCGAAGACAUUACUGUUCUUCUUGGUAAUUCUAAUGCUGGGAAGUAAGACUUGUUUCCCACAUAGUGAGUUAAACUCUAUAUUUGAAUCUGUUUGAAUAAGUAUCACAUUGUUUGUUUGGUAUUCUACCUCCACUUUUUUUAAUAGUCAAAAAUCCUUUUUCUCCUAGUGAGUGUAUAAGGAAAAAGUCUUUUUCAUUGCUUCAGUUUGAUCCUCUUGGUCUAAAACUGACCCUUUAAGACUCAUAACUAAUUAUUUCCACCAUGGAUUGAGUCUCUUCAUUAUUGAUUUUUUUCAUUUUCCUUUGUUAUUAUUUUGUCUAGGUUUUAUAAAUCUCGUAUUAUGUUAAUUCCUUCUUGUAUGUUAUAUGUCAGUAUUACUGCUCAGUUUGGGGAUCUGUCUUUAGUUAAUCAACUGUUUAUUUUUUGGUGAAUAGUUGUUAAUGGUCUAUUUGUUUUUUUCUAAAUACAAAAAUCAUAGCUGAAAAAUGAGUUUUCUUAUGUAUGUUUAUUGUUUUGUGUUAAAUACAAAAUGUGAUAAAAUUUUUUGUAUUUCUUCAUUAAGUAUGAAGUUAGUGGUUUUAGAUGAAUGUUCUUUUUAAAAUAAGAGAAAUAGUAUCUAUUCUUAUUUGUUGGAAGCUAAAAGCUUGAUAAAACGAAUUGGUAUCUUUUGAUAAAAUCAUAUUUUUAUCAUUUAAUUGCUUAUAUUAAAGGCUUUCAUGAUAUUUCAAGCUUUUUUUUUUGGUACCAGGGAUUGAACUCACAACCUCAUGUUUGCCAGGCAGGUUCUUGUGCCACUGAGUUAAAUCCCUGGCCUACGCUUUUAUAAUAUUGAAACGUCUUUCAAUUCAUGAAAUAAACUCUACCUGACUAUAUGUUCUUUUAAUGUAUAUUUUUUUUCUGCUUGGUAUACAUCUAUACAAGCAUUAAUAAAAUGUAUUAUAUUUUAUGUAUGUAGUAAUUUGAUAUAUGGUCAAAUAAAAAUUUUGUUCUAGGUA